AUGGACAUGACCGUGCAGGAUUUUGGCAAUGAGCCUGUAAAUGCGAACCCAAAAUUCAGUGCCGAUACUGUAAUCAAUGAUGAAGUUCAUCCUCUUCAAGACUUCAUUGCAGAGAUUGCCGAGGUAUUGCUGACUCGUCAUAGCUUGAGGAGAGUCGAGACCACUAGCUUCACCGAGAGCACAAUGCAGGCCACCCAGAAAGGCAGCGGGGAAAGGAAACUUGGAGAAUGGAAUAGACUUGGCGAUAAAGAGGAAGCCGUCAACAAGGACAAAGUACCGGGCACAGAGUGCUUUAUGGAGGAUGUCGGCAAGAAGUGGCCCAGGUGA